UCAACAUCAUCGACUUCUUCCGAUAGAGCUCUUCCUAUAGCGUUCCACCACACUGAGAUUGAACAACUUUUUUUAACAGAAGAAACUAUUAGUAUUAAGAAAUGUAAAAAAAAAUGUUUAAUGUAUUAUUGUUUACAUAGAGGUUUAUAUAGAGUGAAGGAAACUUCUGGAAACUACUGUUUGGUACUUUUUGAGCCCCAGAUUUUGGGAUUGGGUAAACAGGAUGUAACAUCACAUCCCAAUGGCCGUGCGUCUCUUCAAUGCUGUCCUCACACUCGUCUACAUCUCUUCUGAACUUUACACAGUCUGAAUUGUUGGGAAAGGAAGUCACAAUGACCGAUCCGAACAAAUCAAUUCUUCUGCCGGAUUUCUCUGAGUUUUACGACCAGGAAUUCAACAGCAGCAUCCUGAACACCAGCUACACUCUAGAUGAGACGACCAUAGCAUGCCAGGAGCCCACCAUAUCACUGCCCAUCAACAUUGCCGUGUGCAUUUUAUUAGCGCACAUCUUCCUAAUUGCCAUUCCUGGCAACGUGAUUGUAGGGCUGGUGAUCCAUUCGAACUGGCGCGUUCUGUCUCCGUCUGACAUCUACCUGUUCCACCUGGUGAUCGCAGACAUGCUGAUGGCCCUCACCCUCCCCUUCUUCUCCAUCUCCGUUGUCGCCGGGUGGAUCUUCGGUAACGUCAUGUGCAUGCUUGUGAACUUAGUUCAAGAAGCCAACUUCUACACCAGCAUCCUGUUUUUGGUCUGCAUUAGUGUGGAUCGCUACAUGGUGAUUGUGCGAGCUAUGGAGACCCGGAGGGUCCAAAGGAUCUUUUGUAGCUGGGUUGUUUGCUUCGUGGUCUGGGUUUUGGGUAUCCUACUUUCCCUUCCUGCCUUGAACAACGGAGUCUAUUACAACGAAUACCAAGACAUGCUCAUUUGCACUGAAACGUUCGAAAUUGACACUGCAGACAAGUGGAGAAUAGCAAUUCGUGUAAUGAGGCACCUUCUGGGCUUCCUGCUACCUCUGUGCGUCAUGCUGACGUGCUACGGAGUGACGGUGGCCAGGCUGCUGCGGACCAGAGGUUUUCAGCGGCAGAAAGCCAUGAAAGUGAUUGCAGCUGUGAUGGUGGCGUUCUUACUGUGCUGGACACCCUUCAACUUGGCCACCAUGGUCGAUACGCUCAUGAGAGCCGACUUGGUGAAAAACAACUGCGCAGCUACAAAUGGUGUAACCAUAGCCAUGUUUAUCACGCAGAGCCUGGGGCUGAUGCACUGCUCUGUCAACCCGCUGCUGUAUGCCUUUGUGGGAGAGAAGUUCAGGAUGAGGUUCUUCAACAUGAUCCACAGGAAACGGAUGACAGAGCGUGGAACGCCAUCGAGGUCCACCAGGUCCACUUCGCAGACUUCAGAGGGUGUAUCCCAUUUCCUCUGAGCCAAAAGCUCUUGCAAAGAAUCACAGAUAUGGACAUCCCCAUCUAAGAUAAAUAUAUUUAUUAGGAAAAGGAUGCCAAUGUACAUGCAGUAGGAUACCUGAUUAAUGCGUUAGAGUAAAGGUAUAGAAGAACUAUUUUUUUAUUCCUUAUAUGUCCUUUUAAUUGAUCAGUCUUUAACCAUAAUUGAUAUCAAAGAAAACUAAAAAAUCUUGUAUCUUUAUUUGGAAGGAUGUUUGUGGUGAAAAGUAAUUGUUUUGUGGCAGCUUUAUUUUGUAGUAUUUUGUACUUGUUGGCAUUUAAUGGAAAUAAACCAUGUACUGUUUUUUGUAUUAAAAAUAAUUUCUAUUUUAACUCUUUUUUUCCGAUUUCUGGAAUCUACUACUGUAUAUCUAAACGUGCCUCAGUGUAUUCCCCAGACUCAAAUAAAGUACAUGAAUUUCUUUUAAAUAAAUAUUUUAUUCACAAAUUUCA